AGCUGACGAAAUUCAGCAAAGAAACCAUUGUGUCAACGCCAUGUGAAAUGAUAAGGAAUUUUCAAGCUGGUCCACAUUCCAGCGGCGUAUGUGGCAAGCACCGUGCAUAUGCAGCAAGUUAGCAGCCAUGUAACCGACUCAAAGUGGAAUAUUCAUAGAUGGGUCCCUCCAGGGAAUUCAUCAGACAGAGAGGCUCUGGCACGUUAAACAGUGAUGACUCUUGACUCCGACUAACGCUCGAGGCUGACACUCCACUAUUAAGGAAUUGUUUCAUUCAGCGCUACCAUCUUCAAGAAAAGACACUAAACCUUGUCUGCAGCCUCAGGUGGAUAUUCAAAGCAAGUCACAAUGUCAAAAGAGCUCGGAGCUGCUAACUCGGCUGUAAAGAAGCCUGUUGACAAUCCUCACACUCCAAAAUAUACAGAUGGUGGCUAUGGAUGGGUUAUAUUAGCAUCUUGCUUUGUAAUAACUGGACUGUCGACAUCCUUUGUGAAAACGUUUGGAAUCUUUUUUCUUGACAUCCAAGAAUACUUUGAUACACUUGCUUUUAAGGUUUCCUGGAUUACUGCAAUCACUGUGGCUGUGUUUCAUGUGUGUUCCCCAAUAGCGAGCGCUCUCAGUCUCCUGCUGUCACAUCGAGUUAUUAUCAUCAUCGGUGGCAUUCUGUCUUCACUGGGACUGCUGCUUGGAUCCUUCGGCUUCAGUCUGUGGGCAAUGUACCUUACAACAGGUUUUCUCAUAGGUUUGGGUAAUGGAUUUGCUUGGGUGCCCUCAGUCAGUUUGGUCACACAGUACUUCACAGAACGGAGGCCACUGGCCAAUGCCCUUGCCAGUUGUGGAGAAUGUGUCUUCACCUUCAUCUUCACGCCAUUCUACCAGUGGCUUGUUGACCAGAUGUCAUGGCGACAAGCAAUGAUGAUCAUCGCUGGUAUCCAGCUGAAUCUCUGUGUCUGUGGAGCUCUGAUGAGACCGUUACAGUCACAAAAGAAAUGUCAGAAUAAUACAUCACCAUCUGCUACCACGUCCGGGAACGAUUUAUGUAGCACAAGUACAAAACAAAAGAAGGACCUUGCACAUUUCUUUGAUUUACCUCUUCUGAAACGACCAAAGUUUAUCUGUAUGAUCUUCUUUGGGUUUUUCUCCGUUGUGGGUUUCUUCGUUCCUGCCAUCUAUUUAAUUCCUCAUGCUCAAAACAUUGGGAUUGAUGAUUUCCAAGCAGCUUUAUUGAUGUCAUACUGGUCAGCCGGUGACCUCAUUGGGAGACUUGGGUGUGGUUGGUUGGCCAACUUGCGCCUUAUGAAAUCAGUCCGUCUGACAACAAUCAUGGUUACAAUUUUAAGCCUUGCUCUCAUGCUCUUCCCCGUUGCUAAGAGUUAUCCCCUGCUCGUCACCUUCAGCUGUAUUUGUGGGUUCUUCUUUGGGACCAUGUUGGCCCUUAUUGUCACUCUGCUGACUGAUGUGAUGGGAGUUGACAAACUGGACAACGCACUCGGGCUGAUUAUGUUCUUCAGGAGUAUUGGGUGCCUUAUUGGGCCACCAUUGGCAGGGUUUCUGGUGGACAUUACAGGAGACUAUGGCAUUGGGUUCUAUGUUGCUGGAGGAGGGCUGUUCAUUGCAGCUGCCUUUCUCGUUUUAGCUGACUACUUCUUGAGUCGUGAGCAAAAAUACAGCCAAAACACAGUGAAGGAGAUGGAAAAGUUUAUUUCUGAAUGUCGACCCCCAGAAGAUACAGAGAAAGGGAAGCUUGACACCAACCGAACAGAAUGAGAUCCGGUGAAUGAAGUGUCUGAAAAUAAACCUUUGCAGUGUUUAGAGUUUCCCUUCGGAUGAAUCCCUUCAUUCGUGGAUCUUGUAGAUGUGGUGACUGUGUGAAACAUCUUUUGUAUUAGCACACUUAAGGAUGCAAGUUUCGUGCACUGUGACCAAUAUCAAAUGUUCAGAUCACUGCAGUGUGUCACUGUUCUUCAGUGAGUGCCAAGCAGGCCAGUUGAAGAAGUCAGGCAUUAUAUUUUCACUAAAUUCAUGAUUAAAGCAAAAUAUAAUUUAUUUUAAAAA